AUGAUGAGCUCAAACUAUUGGAGUGAGAUGAGCAGCAGCAGCUGUGGGACUCAGCAAUCCCCAGAAGUGCUGCAGUGCCAGCCCCAGCAUUACCGCUGCUACCAUCAGUCAAGACAAGCCCAGCAGCCUCCAGAAAAAAAUGUAGUGUAUGAGCGAGUGAGGACCUACAGUGGGCCCAUGAACAAGGUGGUUGAGGCCUUGGACCCGAUCGGCUCACGGGAAGUGUGCUCCCCUCUCAAAACUGCCUCCUCCUACCAAAGCUUGCUUUGGAGCGACCGUUCCCAGGAACUUCAUUCUACAACUCUGAAAAUAUCUACUUGUGCCCCAAGCACUGUACAUAUAACCCCAAAUAUUGAACAGGAACUCCAUUCUCCAACAGUGAAAGUCACUACAUAUCCGCAGGCCACUAUUAGGCAAUAUGUAGUGCAAAAUCCUGAACAGGAACCACUGUCGCCAUUCCUAAGAGGAGGCCAUUUCUUUCCAGGAAAUAAUGCCAUUUAUGAAAAAACCAUAAGAAAAGUGGAGAAGCUAAAUACGGAUCCGGUGAUAAUUCAGGAUGAUGGCCCUGAAAAAUUGGACCCCAAGUAUUUUGGAGAGUUGCUUGCUGAUCUAUGCCGUAAAAAUACAAAUCUAUAUCACUGCUUAUUAGAACAUUUGCAGAGAAUUGGAGGAAGCAAACAGGACUUUGAGUCUACAGAUGAGUCAGAAGACACCGAAUCGUUGAUUCCUAAAGGAUUGUCAGAAUUUACAAAACAGCAAAUUCGCUAUAUUCUGCAGAUGAGGGGUAUGUCUGAUAAAUCACUCCGGCUAGUGCUGUCCACAUUCAGCAACAUACGGGAGGAGCUUGGAAAUCUUCAGAAUGACUUGACAUCACUGGAAAAUGACAAGAUAAGACUUGAGAAAGACUUGGCAUUCAAAGAAACUCAAAUAAAAGAGUAUGAAGAACUCUUAGCAUCAGUGAGAGCAAAUAAUCGCCAGCAGCAGCAAGGACUUCAAGACUCAACCUCAAAAUGCCAAGCAUUGGAAGAAAACAAUCUUUCUCUUCGGCAUACACUAUCAGACAUAGAAUAUAAACUAAAAGAACUGGAAUACUGUAAGCGUAAUUUAGAGCAAGAGAAUAAAAAUCUUAGAGUGCAGCUCUCAGAGACUUGCACAGGCCCGAUGCUGCAGGCUAAAAUGGCUGAGAUUGGCAACCAUUACAUGGAGAUGGUAAAAAGCUUAAGAAUGGAGAAAGAGAGAGAGAUCUGCAAACUAAGGACUCAAUUAAAUCAGUACCAAAAAGAUGUUUCAAGAAGAGAAGGAAGUUGCAGUGACUUCCAAUUCAAGAUUCAUGAACUGACAAGCUUGCUGGAAGAGAAGGAUUCCCUUAUAAAGCACCAAUCGGAGGAACUCUCGAAGUUGAGACAAGAAAUAUAUUCAUCUCAUAACCAACCCUCCAGUGGUGGAAGGACAACUAUUACCACUAGAAAAGCUCCUGGGAUUCUGCUUUGGAGUUGGCCCCACCUCUGCAUGUACAGGUCACAAUAUCCUAUCUUAGGCCUCCUGUAUGAUGACUAUGAAUAUUUACCACCAGGUAGUGACACACAGACUAUUGUGAUUGAGAAAAUAGAAGACAAAUGGACUUGUCCGUGA